AUGUCGCCGACAGAAACUCAAGAGCGCUCUCCAAAGAAACCACAGUCUGGGGCUAAUGCGUCCGCGAUUGACUUCGCCAGACGAGUCUUCAACGAGGAAGAAGCUGGUCGGACUUUGACCGGUGCAUCGAUCCCUGGCGAUACUGGAGCUCCUACGUUGGACAACUCAUUAUGGCAGUUGACAGAGGUCGCACUUCCCCCAGAAGCCGUGAUGUUAGCCUUGAUUGACGCCUACUUCGACCGAAUGCAAUGGUUCAUCUUACUACUUUACGAACCCACAUUCCGACAGACCGCACGCGUGAUAAUAUCCCAGACUUCAUGGCGUCGUCAAGAUCUCAGUCCUGUCAUGGCUGUUUUGGCAGUAGCUAUGAUUGGGUUACAUUCUGUCCUACCAGAUCUGAAAUGGCCUGGGCACAAAUUGUUGCGGGAAUACUCCGUUGACGGGGAGAAGUUGAUGCACGGGUUGACUAAUGAGAUACGACGGAAUCUGCUCGAUAUCUCAAUCGACUGUCAACUUGAAGCGGUUCAGGUCUGCUUCUUGGUGUCUUCCUAUUAUGGUUUUCAUAGUUCGCCGAGUAUUGCUUGGACUGUCUCUGGUAUGGGUGUGAGGUCUGCGUAUGCGCUUCAUCUUUAUACGAAGUCUGCGCAAUGUGAUAGUCCAGUUGUGGAUGAGAUUCGAUCUCGCUGUUGGAACCAGGCUAUUGUUGCUGACACGUUCGCGUCGAGCAUCUAUGGUCGACCCUCCUCUAUCGAUACUGGAUUGGUCGCUUUGCACUCGCUCAGAGACAUGGAUGAUCUGGCCAUUGAUCCGCUUCUACUGAAAAAUGAAUGGAUAUCUGGCGAUGGAAUGCCGACAACGACAGCUGCGUUUUUCGCUAUGAAACACGAGAUUUACAACAUUAUCCGACACAUUCUUUCGCGGUUUCGUCGUCUCCAAUUAAGAAAAGAGACAAUCGAAGCGGACCUCCUGGCAAUCGCAGAAGCUGCACAAGAUUCCGAGGAACAAUUAAUCUCCUGGCGAAAGAGAGUCCCCCGAUUAUUCGAUUUCGAGUUCUGGAGCUGCGGCAACCGCCUAGAACAAUUCCAACAGCAAAUCGAAGGAUUACCGCAACGCACUAAAUACCAAGCAGAAACAAUCAUCUUACAGGCAGCCACUCUCCAAUUAACAUACGAUGGAGCUCUAAUACAAGCCCGUCGACCAUUACUCGAGCAGAAAAUCACUAGUUCCUGCUCACGCUUGGUAGUAGACGCAAUCCACGAGUCCUUGAGAGUGGCCACUGCAGCUGCACUGCGAAUAUCUCGCAUCCCAGUCCUCCGUUUCAAGCAUCAUUUCGCCGAAUCCUUCGCUUCCCUACAACAAUUCACCGCAGGAGUCAUCCUUUGCAUCCUGCCAACCAGUCAACCAUUCACGACAGCCGCGCACGAAGCAAAGACUGGAAUCAUGCGUAUCAUCCAUGCUAGCGCAGCUUUGGGUCCCCACAACCGUAUCGCCAAGCAGACUGCACAACUUCUGACGGAGUUGUUAAAAGUAACCGUCGAGCGAGAGAUGUCCGGUGCAUUGAGAGGGGGACUUGAAACAAACCUUCCCAGGGAGAUUUCUGAGAGAGAUGUUAUUUCGAAUGUACAACCGGUUCGUGUAGACCAUAUUGGGGGUCACUCGCCAUUAUCACGAGAAGACUUCCGCGACAAUCCUCCAAUAUCGACAACCCCGUUACCGUCCCAUUCCAGACAGUCCCCAGACACGCCUCAAUCAACACAGGGGAAUAGUGGGCCAGUUCAGACACCUGUCGAACCAUCUGAAUACCCAUCUGCGGAUAUCUUCGAGCAACUUGACGAUACAUUCGGUGCCUUUGGUGAGCUCAUGUUCAACCUGAUUCCCGAUGACCAAAGUAGUGCUUGGAAUUGGGGACGUACGGUUCCGUAG